UAAUUUUGGUGUGGUAACGGUGAAAGCAAAAAGUGUACCAACUGUACCUGGUCUACCCAAUCGCAGCGCAAUAGGCUACGAUCAGAUCGAUGGCUACAGCGCUUCGGAUUUCAGAAAGAAGAAGUUGACCAGUUGUACUCCAGUGAAGACCUCAUACAGGAAACACAAGCAAGAGCAAACACAAUGGCUGUGUAUGCUAAGACAAAAAUAUUCUACACUUCAAUCUGGUUUUGGCUCAUUUUAGGUGUUGAAUGCUUCAUUGGUGGGUUUCAUCAUGUUUUAACUAUUAAGUCUGGAGGAUCUGUCACCAUCCCAUGUCAUUAUGAUGAGAAAAACCCUCCGCAGAAGAAAUACUGGUUCUCAGAAAUUGAUCAAUCUAAAAUAUACACAAACACAUCAGAGGAGAAUCUGUCAGUAAUUGAUCAUCCUGAUCAGAGUCUCUUUACUGUGACUAUGAGAAACCUGCAGAACAAACACACUGGAGAUUAUUCUUGUGUUGUGGAGACUGACGGACUGUCGACUAUUACAUACGAGCUUCAUCUUAGGGUUCAGCCUGCUCCUGAUGUGUCUGUGGUGAGCAGCAGUGUAUCUGGACAUGAAGGUGAUAAUGUCAGUGUCCAGUGUUUCUACAGUUUUGGAUAUAAGUAUGAACUCAAACAGUGGUGCAGAUAUAAAGAUGAGAGCUGUUACACAGUGGGGAGGACUGACACAUCCCAGAAUUCAUCAGUCCAGAUCAGUGAUGAUGUUGGGAGAAGAUCCUUCACUGUGCUGAUGACUGGACUGAGACUCAGUGAUUCUGGAUGGUACUUCUGCUCAGUAGGAGAGGCAAUGAACCCUGUUCAACUCACUGUUGAGGUAGAUCCAGAUGGCGUUUCUGUCUGUCACAGAACUAGAGAUUUCUCCACAUCGACCAGAAAGAUCAGAUGAUAAUAAACUGCUUUUUCUGCUUUUUGAUGUAUUAGACGUCUACAUUUGCUAAAUGCCUAAAUGCCUUAAUGUCUGAAAUGUAUUUUUUCUCACACAUUUUCUUCAAAUAUGUUUGUAAGUGACUAACAAAUGAGGAAUAUACCAAAUAAAACUUCAUUUUAAAAAAAGUUUUUCAAUUUAGCCAUCAUUUUUUAUAUCAAUAUGAUAUACAGACCUCACAGACAUAGAGCACUAUGUGCCAUUCAUUCGCCAUAUUGAACAUAGUAAAUGUGUGAAAAAGUGACUGAUUUCAACCACAGCUUCAGUGUCUUUUAUGAUGAAGGGGGCGGGACACUUCAGAUUCUAGAGAGCAUUUGAUUGGACAGUAAAUCUGAUGAGAAGAUGAACAU